AUCAACCCGGCCCUUUUUUCUCGGCGACCAACGCACGCACGCGAGCUGCUCGAGAAAGAGAAAAGUAGCCAGCAGCGGCAGCGGCAGCGGCGAGAGCGAGCACAGCCGCGCAGACAGACAGACGCACGCACGCCACGCCACGCCAUUACAAAUCGCCCCAAGCACCAAACCCUACCCAACCAGGCAACCACCACCCGCCAGCCCUCCCGCGGAUCCCCGCCCUCAGCUCGCGCCUUCCUCCCGUCUCGUCUCGCCUGUCCUUUUUUCUCUCCCGCCGCCGCGCCAUGGAGGAGGGGAGGAGGGGGACGAGGACGGUGCGGGUGCGGAACAUCUCAGAUCUGGCCGGGGAGCGGGAGGUGCGCGAGUUCUUCUCCUUCUCCGGCGAAAUCGACCACGUCGACAUCACCCCUGACGGGGCGGCGGCGGGGAGGACGGCCUACGUCACCUUCAAGGACGCCAAGGCCCUGGAGAUCGCGCUGCUGCUCUCGGGAGCAACAAUUGUGGAUCGAGUUGUGAACAUAACCUCUGCUGAAGAUUACAUCUACAUCCCUGUUAAUGAACAGCAACUUGUGAUGAAGGAGGUGACAAGUACAGCUCCUACUGCAGAUUUGGGACAACCUACUGAGGCCAACGCAAGCCCCACUAGUGUUUAUGCCAGCAAGGCUCAUGAUGUCAUGACAACUGUGAUCGCAAGGGGUUCAGCAAUUCGACAAGAUGCUGUGAAUAAAGCUAAAUCAUUUGACGAGAAGCAUCAGUUAAGGGCUAAUGCGUCAGCUAGGAUCAGUUCCUUCGAUAGGCGUGUUGGCCUUUCAGAGAAGUUAAAUACUGGGAUAUCUGUCGUAAAUGAAAAGGUGAAAACUGUGGACCAAAGGUUACAUGUUUCUGACAAAACAAUGGCUGCUUUGCUGGCUGCAGAGCGCAAGCUAAACGAUACAGGCUCUGCUGUGAAAACCAACAGGUAUGUGUCUGCUGGAACAAGCUGGCUGAAUGGUGCCUUCAGCAAGGUCGCCAAGGCUGGACAUGUUGCUGGCUCAAGAACAAGAGAAAAGUUCCAGAUAGCUGUGUCAAAUAUAUCAGCCAAAGGGCCUGCUGUCGUUGCUUGAGCGUGUUGAGUUUGUUCUGGGAGGCUCCUCUUUUUGGUGAAAAUCUGCUGGAAACCUUGAGCAAGCACCUUCCGUUGGUUGUGUCAUCAAGCUGUGGCUUGUAACUGUGUAUUUCUCUAUUGUUUUUUUCUUCUUCUUUGAGGAGGUUUUAACUUUCAGGGAGUUUGUCAGAUUUGGUACAUAGAGGAUCUAAAUUUUCUUUAGAAUUUUAGAACCACUAUUCCUUUUAGUGUCGGUGUUCAAUUGAUUAUAGGUGGUAGUGACAUUUUGAACCAUGUUCGGUGUGGCUUCUUGAUUGUCAUUGAUGUCCCAUGUGUCAUGUCUCUGCUUCUGCAGAAAUUGUCACUCAAAUUGAGUAAUUUGGAACAUAUGGAACUGCAGUGCUUCUUUGUGUA